CCUCUCUCGUCCCCGCUCCACCAUUUUCAUCAUCUCACAUCAACACCAAUACUUCCAUCGAUCUCCAACAACUUCGGCGCCAAGUUUAUAGGGUGGGAGGGAGUCUAGUGAUCUGCGAACCGAAGAUGCGGAUGAGCUGCAACGGGUGCCGGGUGCUGCGCAAGGGCUGCAGCGAGGGCUGCACCAUCCGCCCCUGCCUGCAGUGGAUCAAGACCCCCGAGGCGCAGGCCAACGCCACCGUCUUCCUCGCCAAGUUCUACGGCCGCGCGGGGCUGCUCAACCUCCUCGCCGCCGCGGGCUCUGACCACCUCCGCCCGGCCGUCUUCCGCUCCCUGCUCUACGAAGCCUGCGGCCGCAUCGUCAACCCGGUCUACGGCUCCGUUGGCCUGCUCUGGUCGGGCCAAUGGCAGGCGUGCCAGGCCGCCGUCGAGGCCGUGCUCAAGGGGGAGCCCGUCGUGCAGGUCUCGUCCCAGUGCGAGGCCGCCCCGCCGCCGCUCGGCAGCAGGGCCUGCGACAUCCGCCACGUCGCCAAAGACUCCGACGCCGCCUCGGCCACCGACCUCCUCCGGGUCGCACGCGGGGGCCGCACACGGUUCAAGCGCGCGUCGUCGUCUUCCACGUCGAAGCCCCACAAAGGCAGCGCCGGUGGUGCUAAGCCCAACAAGCGCGCGUCUCCCAGCUGCACUCCGAGGCAAGAUCAUCAGCCAGAGGAGCUCCAACCUGAGCCGAUGGUCGUCGGGGGGAGUAAUGACGAGCACGACGACGGCCUUGCGCUGAGGCACGAGGAGGAGUCCGCCGGCAGCCACGAGCACGUGGAGGACGAUGACAUGAUGGCGUUGCGGGAGGGGUCGGAGGACACCGAGGUGGACGCGGGCUCCCACGUGAGCCAGGCCAAGCAGCAGAGCCAUGUGCCGGCGGUGAGCCAGGUGGCGGAUGAGGAAGAAGAGGAGGUUGGGCUGGAGCUGACGCUCGGGUUCGAGCCGGUCGCCGUGAGGCAGCAGGCGCGUUCGGCGCGCUGCGACCUGAGCGGGUUGAGCGCAGCGUCGAGCCUCAUCGGCCUGCGGCUCGAGCUGCCGGCGUGAGCUGACAGUGUCUUUCUCAUCUCACCUAACAGGGGCAUAGGAGACAGUUUUGGUACCGUGUCAGGAGGAAAACAGCAUAUCAGAAAAAAUAGGUUUCCUAGGUUUCGUUUAUUCUUUUUUACCGUUCCUUUUUUUAUUGUAAAGGUGGACUGCACAGCCUCCUCGUAGGAUUUCGUUCUUUGUUUCUUCAGUCCUACACUCGCUCAUGUAAUGAUACUCUUCCAAGUUU